AUGGCCAUUGCACCUGCAAUGACAAACCGUCUGCGGAAGGCUCCAUUGACAAAGAAACUAAGAAGUGCAAGAGCGAUGGUGAUUGUGACAAACUCUGUCCUCCUAAAUGCAUAUUCAAGGAAUGUUCUCGAGGAAUUUGUUUAUGCACUUGUCUUCCAUUCUCAAGAGAGGAACUGGUGGGGAAGUCUUGCACAACCAAGAAUGACUGCAAAGGCUACUGUCCUGGAUGGGCUAGUUGUACUAGUGGUCACUGCAUCUGCGAUGAUCAUGCUGCCCAAAUACACCCUGAUGCUAAAAGAUCAACCACCAUUCCCUGUCACAAACACAGUGAUUGUGAAAAUAAAUGUGAUCCGAAGUGUCAAAUCGAACUAUGAGAUGUCGAGAACAAAAUUUGUGCUUGCGCGUGUUUUGAGAUCCCCCCUCCCCCCAAUGGUCCAUAGGAAUUUCAAGUUGUUAGCUUUGUCAGCAUCAAAAAAAUAA